GCCUCCGGGGCGCGCGCGGAGCGUGGAGUGCCGGCGGGGGGGGGCGGCCGCCGCCUGCUCCUCUCCCCCGGCCGGGCCGCAGCAGCCGGGGCGGAGCUGGGGACGGGCCCUGCCCGGGCGCUCCGCCCCCGCCUCCCGCCGCCGGCCAGACGCGCCGCCAUGGGCAUCACCAAGCUGGCCGAGCUGAUCAAGGAGGAGGCCCCGGAGGCCGUGCGCGCCGUCCCGCUGGCGCAGUUCCGCGACAAUGUCUUGGCCUUGGAUGCCUCGGUGGCUAUUUACCAGUUCCGCACAGCCAUGCCAAAGAUCGUCAACCGCGAGGGACAGAAUAUCAGUCACUUGCAGGGGCUUUUUUACCGGACGUUGCAUCUCCUGGAAAAUGGCAUCAAACCAGUGUAUGUCUUUGAUGGACGGCCGCCAGACCUCAAGGAGCCUGUGUUGGCCAAACGAGCCGCAGUCUCUGGAAUCAAGAGGGAAGUGACAGAUCCUUCAACGGGUGAAAUUCCGCAGCGGUUCCUGAGACGAGACUGCGAGACCCUCUUGCACCUCCUGGGGGUUCCUUAUGUGCAGGCUCCGUCAGAGGCAGAGGCCACCUGUGCGGCUCUGGUGAAGUCCGGCCGCGCCAGCUGCACAGCCACAGAGGACCUGGAUGCCCUGCCUUUCGGGAGCCUGCGCCUCUUGCGGCAUCUUAACGCAAAAAACAGUGACUUGGAAGAGAUUUCCCUGCCGGUUGUUCUGGAGAAGCUGGGCAUGACUCAGGAGCAGUUUGUGGACCUCUGCAUUCUUCUAGGUUGUGAUUAUUGCGAAAAGAUCCGGGGGCUCGGCCCCAAAAAGGCCCUGAAGCUGCUGCAGCAACAUGGGAGCAUUGAGCAGAUCUUGCAGUGCGUCAGUGCACAGAAACAUCCAGCGCCCACCAACUGGCCCCUGGAGGAGGCACGGCGACUCUUCCUGCAGCCCGAGGUGGCCGAGCCGAGCCAGCUGGUAUUGGAGUGGAGAGAGCCGGAUGAGGCUGGGCUGGUGCAGUUUCUUGCCCGAGAGAAGCACAUGAACGAGGGCAGAGUUUGUCGCCGGAUGGAGAGGUGGCGGGAGACCUGCCUGAAGCUUGCCCAGCCCCAGUUGCCAGGCCCUGUGACUGAGGACGGCUCGAGACAGAAGAUGCUCAGGGAGUUCUUCCCGGUCAAGAAGCGGACGUGCAAAGCACCCGGCGCCCAGCCUUGCAAGAAGAGGCGGAGGUCUAAGGUGAAAAUCCCGGAAGCCGUCAGAAACUCUGCAGAGGGGACAUGACCCACCUCCUCCUCCCCUUCUGACCGUCCAGCAAGACCUGCACAUCCAAAGAAGCUGCCCUUCCUCCCAAAGAACCGCUUGAAGGGCUGCUGUGCAUGGGUGUGGCAGGUAGAGAGGGCGGAGCUUGUGAGUGCGGGACGACGCAAUGUUCAGUGCUUCUGCAAGGACCUUAGAAGAUGCAAAGUCUGUCCGGAGCUGUUCUCUGCUGCUGGUAACCUUCUUUGGCAAUGGGGGCGGGGGGGAUGAAGGGCGAGCUGCACUGGAAGCCAGAUGCCCCAGGGGCUUGCCUUUGGAGUGGCCAGUGGUGGUGCAGGUCCAGGAGAGGAUGGGCAUACCUUGCUUAGGUUCAUGCGUAGUAGCCUUGAGCCAGACGGGAGUGGCAGACUCACUGUGUAAGAAAUGCAGCAGCCCCUCUGCUGGGGGAGCAUGAGCCCAGAAGGGCAUGCCAGUCACCCCCUGCGCCCCUGCAGUGCACCCUGGCCCAUUUCUAUGCGCUGACUCCAGCAGAAUUGGCCCUGUUGUAGUCUCUGCACUCUCUCAUCCUGACUGAACGAGGCAUGAUGGCGUCUGUGUGUCUGUCUGGGGGACUUUUGAAGUCCUUCUAGCCCCUCCUUUUGCCAGUUCAUCCAGCUGUUGCUAAGGAAGGGUGUGACUCUUGGAGGCGGAGCCAGACUAGGCCAACGCCCUCUGCAAGAAGUCCAUAAGUCAGCCUGGAUGCAGCCUGGGUGGUAGCCCCACGUCUUGCUCUCCAUGGCCUCAGUCUGACAGGCAGAAGCAUUCCCUUCCCUUUAAGAAGCUGGAGAAGAAGCCAGAAGCCACCAGGGGGGAAAAGCCAAAGAGCAAACCUCAGCUCGUCUUCUCCGAAAUAAGCGUCAUUUUAUUCAGUGGGGCUUAGCGCCAGGAAAGUGUACCUAAGACUGCAACUUUAAGCAUAAAUGGUAAACUCAUAAGGUCCCCCCCACCCCACGCAGUGUUAAAUGUAUGGGAGGGUGGGACUAGGAAACAGGGUUUUCAUGCAGUUAACAGCAUAGUGAAUUAAACAUAUGCUUAAUUUUUUUAAGUCCUAGAGAUACUUAUGCUAAUUGUGUGUGUUGUUAGGUAGUUCUCAUAACCUCUGCAGAAGUUCAGCUGGUCAGGAUGAAAGUAUAGCAUUGUGAGCCCCCUCCCCCUACAAUUCAUUAAUGUAGAGAAAUGUAAAGGAAUUAAUUAGCAAUAUCAAGAUGCAUUUGAGUGUACCUGUUCUCUUAUCAUUUUGGGGACCAAUCAUUUUAUCACAUGUUAAAGUUAUAUAACGAUUUCUCUCAGUUUGUUAACUGUCUAUAAAAAGUGUAAUGUCAAAAGGUUAGUCCCUCUUCUGUUGAUGGAUCUGUCAGAGAAAAUCUAGUUGAGAUAUUUCUACGUGUGUGUGCAGAGCUUCCAAACCUCUCAGAUCUUUCUGAGACAGUCAGCUCAUUUCCUAAUUUGCUUUAAACUUCAUCCGGUCAUGUUAAGUUGGAGAAAUGUUAAAAGAUUUAAUUUUUGUUGCGUGCAGUUUUUCAUUAGAUACUGGAUUUAUCAGCAUUUGUAUUUACCUUUCAGGUUCUUGCCUAAUAAAACUAUGUCUUAUUUCAAUAAAAUUCAUUAACAGAUAAACUUCUUUGCUUAGUUUGUUGGUAAAAUAUCAAAUCCUUAGAAUUUUUCAUUGUACUAUAAAGAUCAUUCUCUCUGCAGGUUUUAUCUGACAUAGAUCCUGUGAAGUCUCUG